CAUAUCUUCUCUUCUCUCCUUUCUCCUGUUGUUGUUCCCAACAUGGCGUUGGCCAUUUCUUUUCUGAUUCUAGCCCUGCUUUUACCUCAACUUGAAGCUUUAUCUAAUGUAACCUCUUUUCAACAAAUUCUAUCAACACAAGCGUUCCUCACUGUGGCUUGCAACGGUGUUGAAAACCAAGAUUUGUGCCUGUCAAAUCUACAAACAACCCUCGAAAAUACGGGCCCUCCACAUCCAAAUUCAGUUCUGCAUGCAGCUCUUACAGCCUCACUCAAUGAAGCAAGACAUGCCAUUGACAUGAUAACAAAGUUUAACUCCUUGUCUGUUAGCUACCGUGAACAAAUAAAGAUUGAAGAUUGUAAAGAACUCUUGGACUUCUCAGUCUCUGAGCUUGCCUGGUCCUUAGCCGCAAUGAAAAAGAUACGAGAUGGUGCAACAAACCCUCGCUAUCAAGGAAACCUAAAAGCUUGGUUGAGUGCUGCAUUGAGUAACCAAGACACAUGCCUUGAAGGGUUUGAAGGCACAGACCGGCACCUUGAAAAUUUCAUUAGGGGAAGUCUAAAACAAGUUACACAGCUUAUCAACAAUGUGCUAGCUAUGUACACUCAAUUGCAUAGUUUGCCUUUCAAGCCAUCAAGAAAUGAUUCAACAAGAGAUGGAAGCUCAACCUCCAAGUUUCCGAAGUGGAUGACUGAUGGUGAUCAAGAGUUUAUGCAGAAGAGUCCGCUAAGUAUGCAGGUUGAUGCAAUUGUGGCACAGGAUGGGAGUGGGCACUACUCUACAAUCACAGAGGCAAUUUAUGCGGCUCCAAGUUAUAGUAAAAGGAGGUACAUUAUCUAUGUGAAGAAAGGAGUUUACAAAGAAAACAUAAAUAUGAAGAAGAAGAAAACCAAUAUUAUGCUUCUUGGAGAUGGCAUUGGAGCCACCGUGGUGACUGGUAACAGGAAUUUUAUGCAAGGUUGGACUACAUUUAGGACCGCCACUGUUGCUGUCUCCGGCAGAGGAUUCAUAGCAAGAGACAUGACGUUUCGCAACACUGCUGGACCCCAAAACCAUCAAGCAGUAGCCCUCCGUGUCGAUUCAGAUCAGUCUGCCUUCUUCAGGUGCAGCAUGGAAGGCUACCAGGACACUCUCUAUGCUCAUUCUCUUCGACAGUUUUAUCGAGAAUGCAACAUUUAUGGCACCAUCGACUUCAUUUUUGGCAAUGGUGCGGCUGUCCUGCAAAACUGCAACAUUUACACCAGAGUUCCUUUACCAUUACAGAAGGUAACAAUCACAGCCCAGGGCAGGAAAAGCCCGAAUCAGGACACUGGAUUUUCAAUACAGGAUAGCUAUGUUUUGGCCAGUCAACCAACCUAUUUAGGCAGGCCCUGGAAACUAUUUUCCAGGACAGUUUUUAUGAACACUUAUAUGGGUUCUUUAGUUCAGCCUAGAGGAUGGCUUGCGUGGUACGGAAACUUUGCUCUGAACACAUUGUGGUAUGGUGAGUAUAGGAACUAUGGGCCUGGUGCAGCUAUAUCCGGGCGGGUUAAAUGGCCAGGUUACCACAUCAUUACAGAUGCUGACACUGCAAACUACUUCACCGUUGGACGGUUCAUCGAUGGCAUGUCUUGGUUGCCCGCUACUGGAAUCAAGUUCAGAGCAGAUAUAUCCAAUUGAGUGACCAGGAGUUUAACCCUUCUCCCUAACAAAGGGUAUUAUUUUGGCCCCCUUCAUUGAUGUGUGCGUGUCUAUAUAAAAGCAAAUAAAUAAAUAAAUAAAUAAAUAUUUGAGUAGA